GAGAAGAAUUUCUAAAAUUUUUUAAAUCUGAGGAAAGCUCAGUGUCUUUUUGCGGAGAGCGGAGUUCAGUGUGUUUUGCCCAUAAAAUAUAUAAAUUAAGUGGGGAGAAAGACAUGAACGGCGACGGACAGAGUCACGGCUACGGCAGUGCAACAGCAACACUGAAUCACCGAUUCCGAAGCUUUCCGGUCUUUUUGACGUUAUGCACGCGCUGGCAGCUCUGCGAGCUACUUACAUAUGGAGAAGAAACCCUGGAAAUUUUCGAUCCCGCAGUUUUUCGUCCAACAAUGGAAGAGGAGAGCUAUCAAUUGAAGAGCAAGCAGAAAGAAAGAUAGGAUGGCUGUUGAAACUUUUCUUUGCUGGGACUGCAUCAGUCUUUGCUUAUCAGUUUUUUCCGUACAUGGGUGAUAAUUUAAUGCAACAGUCUCUGUCACUUUUGCAAGUCAAGGAUCCCUUGUUUAAAAGAAUGGGAGCAUCUAGAUUGGCCCGUUUUGCAAUUGAUGAUGAACGAAGGAUGAAAAUAGUGGAGAUGGGUGGAGCUCAAGAGCUUAUAAACAUGUUGGAGGCUGCCAAAGAUGAUCGCACGCGGAAGGAAGCAUUGAAGGCUCUCGCUGCCCUCUCAAACUCUGAUGAAGCUGUUAGAGCUCUGCACGAUUCUGGAGCAAUCUCAGUUAUUAGUUCUACCCCAGAUCCCUUAUUAGAUGGAGAAGUCAUGAAAUACAAGUCAACCUUGCUGAAGAGAUUCAAAGACCUGAGAUUCGAUGUCCCGACUUGAGAUAUGUCUCGGGCACAACGCUUUAAAACAUGUUAUUUCAAAAGGCAACAUCUAAGGUUACAGGAAUCUUGUACUUUUUUGUUCGACUUGCACUACUUAGAACUUCAUCUUUUUGUGCACUUCUUUUGGGAGUCGAGUAUAAUAUGAAAUAUUGUUUGAAACUUUGUGAAUUUAAAAAGCAUUGUCUAACUUCUAAAUGCAAUGAAAGCUUCGUCUUCCCCA